GCAGCAAGACGUGCAGGUAAAGAUGUGAAUGUUAAAGCCGUAAUGGAUACGUGGAUGAAACAGAUGAAUUACCCAUUAGUAAUCAUUCAAAGAAAUGCUGAUGGCCAAUUUCAAUUUGUACAAAAACACUACUUAGAACCACAGGAUGCUAAAUCGCCAAAAAAUCCUUCACCAUACAA